UAUUUAUUAUCGAAAUAUACAAAAAUGUUGUAAAAAUGCAUUCAAUUAGCUAAAUCAGCUUAAUUUUCACAAAUGGUGAAAUCUUAUACAAGUUUAGCUCAACAUAAAUGGUUAGACUAUGAUGAAACUCAUAAAGUAUUUAUUUUAAAUUAAAAACAAUAAGAAAUCUUUAUAAACACACAAAAGUAGAGCAGAAGAAUUUAUACAUAAGAUACCUGUAAUUGAGGUGGACUCUGAUGUUGUUAGAUGUUUGGUAAUUUAAAACAUUGAUCAAUAUUUAGGGAGGAACGCAUAUUAAUGCAGGACAUCCUUAAGUAUAUAUAAAGUUGGAUACAAGAACAGAAGGUACUCCUUAGACAUGCAAAUAUUGUGGAUUAUAAUAUAUCAAAAAGGGCCAUGGAUCACAUCAUCAUUGAGGAAUAAUCAUAAAC